AGAGGGUGCUAAUUAAGACACCAGUCUGACUUCGCUCUCCAAAAUGAAGACAACCGCUGUUGCUAUCGCUCUGUGUGUGCUAGUUGCCGUCCUUAUUCCGGACACCGAAGCCCGUGGUGGUUUUGGUAACUGUCGGUGCAGCAGAUGGUGUAACAAGAAAUACGAGGUCACCCGAGGCCGCUGUGGAAAGUGGGGCGGUGUGGUGUGCUGUAGGCGCUGGUGGGGAGGUGGAUACGGUGGUGGAUACGGAGGCGGAUACGGUGGUGGAUACGGAGGCGGAUACGGUGGUGGAUACGGAGGCGGAUAUGGAGGUGGAUAUGGAGGCGGAUACAAAUACGGAGGUGGUUACGGGGGCGGAUACGGUGGUGGUUACGGAGGCGGAUACGGUGGUGGAUACGGAAGCGGAUACGGAGGCGGAUACUACGGAAAUGGCGGAUGGGGCAAAGGCGGAUGGGGAUUCGGAAAUGGCGGAUUUGGAAAUGGUGGAUACAGAUAUGGUGGAAAGAAGUAUUAAGCUUUUAGAUACAAUACUGGAUUUACACGACUGGAUCGUCCCAUGGAAUGAAAUUGCCCUUGUGCUCAAUAUUUUGAUGUUUUUAUCAGAAAAGAGCAAAUAAAAGUAAAAAUAA